UGCUCUGCUUCUCUUCCUUGGCUGUCCCAGGCUUUCGGAGGUUUUCGAGUGCCGUGCAACGAGUGGGCACUUACCUUCUCAAGUGAAAACAUAAUUUAGUUACAGUCAAGCACAGCUUCAGCCCGAGACGGACGUCAUUGCUGUUGAAGAAGAGCGUACUGCGGGCAAACGCGUUCGGACGUUGUUGUUGAUUUUUGGUAGUGGACACCAGUGGCUAAUUGUGUGUGUGCUUAUGUGCUUGCGUGGGGAAACUGAGGAUCAAAUGUUGGGGAAAAUAGAAAAACACUUGUGAAGAGUUUUGUGCAUUUUAUGAAUAAUGUUGCAUUUAUGUUGAAAUAAAACUUACAGUGGAACGAUCCAUACUGCUCGAAUGCUGUACAAGUGUGUUGUGCACAUAUUCUGAUGAAUCCAUUUCAAUAAAACGAUUUUUUACAAGUGCUACAAGUGUUGUAUAAAGUUAUAAAUUUACACUUUCCCGUGUGUGUGUGUGUUCACUCAAGUGUGUUGCAACGCGAUCGCAAAGAAAGUCUUGUUUUGUCGUGUAAGCAAUCAUCUGCCAAAGUGGCCACCGAAAAGAACGAACCCGUGGCAAACGCCACCGGUGGACGAGCGGCCAGUCGUUCUCCAUCGUCGACGGGGACCGUAGAGCCAGCGCCGCCACAGUCACCGCCGGUACGAUCGGGCGCUACAAACGGUGGUGUACCGCCGGCCAGCCCCAGUGAGACGGCCUCUAGUCCCAGCCAGACGGUGGUGCCCGACGAUCGUCCAACAGUGAUGGCGGGUCCGACGGCUACCGCACCGGUGCUGACCUGGUCGCCGCUGCUGUUUCCACCGUGGAAUACGGCCCUGCUGCCGGCCGCGUUCUAUCCCGUCGCGGCACUACGAUCACUGCCAGGGUUCCUUGACAGCAUGAAGCUGCCCCAGUCCCAGCGCACCACCGCCAGUGCCGGAGCUGGCUUUCGUAUCUGCAAUCUGCUCGAACUGGACAGCGACAAAAAGCAGCAGCAACAACAACAACAUCACGGCAAAAAACGGAAAAGCUCCAGCUCGAUCGAUGAUCAUCGAUCGCGCGAUCACGAUGCGGACGAGGCGGACGAUGAGGACGAUUCGCGAGCGGCCGAUUCUGGCCCCUGUCCUGGGGAUGGUUCGCGACGCAGUGGGACAACGCUCUCGCAGGAGGACACUAGCAGCAAUCCGGAUCUGCACGGUGGCUGUAGUGUGGUAAACAGUGACGAUGACAGCACACCCGAACCCGGACGACCAGAAGGUAGACGAACGAUCGGAGUUGGUGGUGGUGGUACCGAUCGAACUAGUCCCUCGGCGGCGAGUGGUGAUGAGGGUAAACCGCCAACGUUCGGGUUACGAGCGACGCAAAGUCUGGCGGAAGAUUUGCACGCCCGGUUCGGCUAUCCUGCGCUUCAUCCGGGCGCUCAUCUAUCGCACCUACCUGCCCACCAUCCUGCGCACCAUCAUGCGCAUCAUCUGCAUCAUCACGGGACGCAUCUGCAUCAUGCGCAUCAUACGCCACCGCCGGCGAGUCACGCGCUGUUUGGUGGACGAUCCUGGCCGUACGAAAGCUGCAAUACACUCAAUGCAUGCCAUCAGCAAGCGGCCCAGCAAGCCCACCAGCGGCUGUUCGCGCAGCAGGUCAGCCCGGCGGACAGUACCUCGCCGGUGCACUCGGAACGAUCGUACCUCGGAAGUGCCGGCGGCGGUGGCCUCGCAACACUGGCAGGCCCGGCCGGUGACCACCAGCUGGGCGGUGGACGGAUCGGUUCCAGUAUGCGUACGCCCAGCCCAUCCGACUCGGAGCGGGGCGAUUCACACCAUCACCAUCUGCUGCACGGCGGCGGCGGCGGCGGCGGCGACACACACACGGAAAACUCGGACGACGUCGACAUCGAGGAGGGCUGCGACGAUGAGAUCGACAUGAUCGACGACACGGACGAUGGCAGUCUGCCGACGACGGAGCGCGGCGGCCACCCGAACGGGCUCGGCGGCCACAAGAAGCGCAAGCGGCGCGUCCUCUUCUCCAAGGCGCAAACGUACGAGCUGGAGCGUCGGUUUCGCCAGCAGCGCUACCUGUCCGCACCGGAGCGGGAGCAUCUGGCAUCGUUGAUACGGCUCACCCCAACGCAGGUGAAGAUUUGGUUCCAGAACCAUCGCUACAAGACGAAGCGGGCGGCUCACGAGAAGGGUGCUCUGGACCAUCAUCACGGUGGGCAUGGCGGUGGCAAUGGGACGGGUGGGUUACCUUCGCCGAGGCGCGUUGCCGUACCGGUACUGGUGCGGGAUGGCAAACCGUGCCUGGGUGGUAGUAAGCAACCGCACGACCUGCUGACGGCGGUCCCGGCGGCGGCCCAUCUUCAGCUGCCGCCCGGCUUCCAGCACGCCAGUCUGCUGCAUCAUGCCGCGGCCGCAGCUGGCCGCUGGUGGUCGUAGAUUGGGGCGAUUGUUGCACAAAUUGUACAUAGCAGGGAAUUUUGGGGGGGGAUUAGUGACCGUGGGAUGAUGUUCAGCUUCGAGGCAAUAUGUAUGCGUGUGUGUUUGAGUGUGUAAAAAGAAGGCAAAGAAGGACAGGGAUUUAGUGGCGUUUUAUGGUUCCUGAAGUCUAGUAGCGUCUUAGGUAAAUGAAGGAGGAAGGAAAAAUCUAUUGUAUUUAAAUACGGUUAUAGCUAAUUUAUGUAAAUCCUAGUUUUCCCACCCACCCCUCACUGGCAAGCUACGAAAAGAAUGGUACGAAAAAUAAAAUAAUUAAUCAAAAUA